AUGGCCACUUCGAUGAGGGUGGAAGAAACCCCGAUCGCAGAGGGUAUCGAAUGGCAAGAUCAACGGAAAAUUUACGCAUCCCCAUUGGAAGAGGACCAAGAGCCGCGCGUUAUCCAGCACGGAGUCUAUGAAACCAAUGGUGCCUCUGGAAUGAAUAAGCAUCUUAAGAGUCAGGAAUGCAAGAAGCAUCAACAGCACGAUUUGAGACAGUCCAUUAUCAAUCUAGAAAGGAAGUUUGAAUUAGUCCAAGAAAAGCUUCUGCAUGAUCUACCGCUAGAUGGCAGAGCGUCCUUGACCCUUGAUGCAUGGACCAGUCCGAAUCAUCUUGCUUUUCUGGGCAUCAUUGGUUCAUUCGUUACCUCUAAAUGGAAGCGAAAGGAGGUCCUCCUUGCCUUUACUCCAUUAUCUGGAACUCACCAUGGGGCCUCCUUGGCAGAUCAUGUCUUCAGAGUGCUUGAGACCUUCCAAAUUGAGUCUCGGUUGCUAGCUAUCACUGCGGAUAAUGCGAGUAACAAUAAGACUCUCUGCAGCUCACUGUCAUCAUCUUUGCAAGCACAAAAGGGUAUCUUCUGGUCCGCAGAGCAGAAGAAUCUCCCGUGUCUGGCCCACGUCAUCCAGCUUGUGGCAAAGGAGGUGGUCAAUAGUCUCCGGAUUGAAGCAGAGGAUAGUCCCUCAUCCUUUGACGAUGAUUCUAUUCAGGGAUCUCUUUCGGAAGGCCCAGAUACUUUCAGAAACACCAUCAAUAAGAUUCGUCGCAUUGCUAAAGCCAUUAGUGCCUCUCCCCAACGUCGCGAACAAUUUGAAAAUCUCCAGAGUCGUAACCCACCCCUGCAAAUGGUUCAGGAUGUUACUACACGAUGGAACUCAACAUAUAGCAUGGCCAUUCGGGCUCUUCUUCUCAAAAAGCAUAUUAUCGCCUUCCUCGAUCAAUCGGACAACAUCAAAUUCAGAGACUUAUAUCUCGCGGAUGAUGAUUUCGGCAUUUUUUACGCUGUCACGUCAGUUCUGGAUCCAACACAACGGAUGAAUGCUUUUCAUGAAGACGAUUGGUCCAAGGAUGAACGCAAGGUCCAGAAAUCCCGAAUUAUUCAAUUCUAUGCAGACAACUAUCUCCAAUUUGAACCCCCAAUGCCUCAAACCGAGGAGGAUCGGGACGGUUCUUCUAUUGAGGACCUUAACAGCCUCUUUUCUCACUCUUCAAAGCUAAUGGCGAAAAAUCCAACUCGACAGAAUGAGAUGGAGCGGUAUCUCUCUGAUCAGCCAACUGUCUCACCGGACCACAAGAUAUGCAUUCUCGAUCACUGGCAAGCUAUUUCGCCAAUGUAUCCCACAGUUGCUCGCAUGGCUCGGGACCUUCUUGCCAUCUUCCUGACCAGUGUGCCGACCGAACGGCAAUUCAGCUCUGGUCGUGAUAUUUGUCAUUACCGCCGUUCAAAGCUUCAAGGCCCAACUAUCGAGAAAAUCAUGAUCCUGAAACACGCACUUCCAGAGUUCGGAUCUUCUAUUUUUGAUGACGAUAUCUCGGCAGAAUGGGAUGACGAAGGGGUCAUCCAGCAACAACAAAAGUCACGGAAGCAGGUUGCGACAAAGGAUGAGAUCCAAUUGGCUCGGUCACUAGAAUUUGAUCAUUCAAUGGCUGAAGAAGAUGAUCCGCCAGCCGAGCGAACCCGACACAGACAAUUCCGUCGCUGA